ACUGAACAUACCCCAAAGAAUAACGUCAAUUUGUCGCUACCUUGUGUAUUUGUGUGAUUGAACGAAAAAAACAAUAAGAAGGCUACAGUCAGAAACUAAUUUUAUAAAAAGUUAAAAAAUAUACACCAAAACUAUGCCGGAAUCGGACGUUACAAAAAUGAAGGUGGCUGAUUUGAAGCGUGAGCUAAAGUUGCGUGGCCUCGCUACCACGGGUAAUAAAACGGAACUUCAAGACCGCCUACAAACAGCGCUACUUGAUGGCGAUAUAUCUCUGGAAGAUUCAGCAAUUACAAAUGAGGACGCAUUGCUUGAUGAAGACGCUGUAUUAACCGACGAAGAGGAAUCACCGAUUGCUGCAGACGAAAACGAGUUACUCAAGAGUCCUACCAGUACACCAACAGCAUCAGAAUUGCCUUCUCCAUUGAACGAAAACAAGACAAGCACUGAUGCCACAAAUACUGCAACUAAUCCCAAAAAGAUUAUUUUAAAACGUAAAGUUUCCUUAACAAAUGACGAUGGUAAGGUUUCAUCGGCUACUGAAGGCGCAUCAAUAACAACAUCAAAGGAGAAUACCGAACCACCAAAGGAAAAGGUUUUAAAAAUGAGUGAACGCAAUCCGAUUACCGUAAGUGAUCUCAAUCCUAAAGAGUCUAAUGGUACAGAUACCAGUGGCAAGAAAGUGGUACAAUUAACACAAAUGGAACGUUUGGAACUUCGUGCCAAAAAAUUCGGACUAGGCUCAAACUCCGCCACUGCAGCAGCUGCACCCAAACCGGUUAACAAUACAAAAGUAAGCAAUAUUACUAUAGCACCCGCUGUCAAUGAUGCCAAACAAAUGGAAAUGCUUAAAAAACGUGCGGAACGCUUUGGUUGCGUCGUUUCCUCAAAAAUGGCAAAAAUCGAUGCAGCGGAGAAAUUACAAAAGCGAAAAGAACGUUUUGGCGCGGGUAGAAGUGCAACUGCGUCAAGUGGCGUUGCCGUCGAUUCGGCAAAAUCGGAUGACAUAUGGGCUGAAAAGGCACGAGCACGUUUGGAACGCUUCAAAAAUACUCAAUCGAUAACAACAGCCGAUAAGCAAGCUGCAACAACAGCGGAGGGAAGUACCGAAAAUAACGAGAAAAGUAUAGAAACCGCCCCAGUGGUCACACCAUCAGCUUCUCCAACUUCAGUUGCUGGUAAUUAAAAACCGCCAUCCACUUAAUUUGUAUCAUCAUCUACAAAGUACCAACAUACAUUACAUCCAGUUCUACGCCGUAACACGCAAUGGAUGUGCUACAUAGUUAAAUUUGUACCCCUAACAUUUAUUUACAUUCAGCACAUUUAAGCAUAAACACUAUACUCAAGUGAAUAUGUAAAGUUUGUUUGAAUAAAAAUAUAACAAUUUAA